UAGCAAUUCGACAUGAAAAAUCAAGGAUUGACUUUGAUAAUGUGAAUGCACUAACUGAAAGUGAUUAUGUAAACCUUAUAGGUCUCUCAAAAACAGACUUUGAAGAUUUGUGCGAACAUGUUACCACCAUUCGAACAACGAAAAACAGAACGAGUAGAACAUGCCUAGCAUUACUUUUAGUAAAGCUCCGAUCCGGAAUGUCCAAUACGCUGUUAUCAACUUUAUUUAACAUUGGAAAGUCAGGAAUAAGACGAGCAAUCUCAUCUGCAAGAACAGCAUUAGGCUCGCACUUCACGCCCAAGUAUGUUGGAUUUCGUCACAUUUCAAGAGAGGUCGUUAUCUAGGACCACACUCGACCAUUGGCACAAGAACUCUUUGGUAGUUUUGUGCAGUCUCCUGCAAUUCUCGUACUCGACGGAACAUACAUUUACAUACAAAAGUCAAAUCAUUUUAAGUUCCAACGUAGAAGUUACAGUCUCCACAAAGGUCGUCCCCUUGUGAAACCCAUGAUGUUUGUUUCAACAACCGGAUAUAUAGUAUCCGUUAUGGGACCCUACCUCGCAGACUCCAAAAAUAACGAUGCUAAUAUUUUGAAGCAUGCCAUUGCAACAAACAGUGAGGAUAUAAAUGAGUGGAUCUCUGAGGAGGAUGGACUAGUUGUGGAUAGAGGUUCGGAAGAUCUAGGCAUCAAGGCAGAAAUGCCUACAUUUUUACCGAAGGGACAAAAACAACACUCAACAGAGGAAGCGAAUGCGUCAAGACUUGUUACCAAAGUGAGAUGGAUCGUGGAGUCUGUUAACGGUAGAAUUAAACAGUGGAAGUAUUUGUCUAACAUUGUACCAAACUCACAAAUACCUUUCAUCGGUGACUAUGUGCGUCUCGUUGCAGCCCUCUGCAACAAGUAUAAAAGGCCACUGAAUAGUGGGGAUGAAGAGGAGGACCAGAUUCUGGCAGCUAAAAUGAGAGUAUUGGCUAAAGAAAAAAACCAGCUGAAAGAUCGCGUUGCCAAUGAAAAUCUUUCUAGGAGGAGGUGUUCUUGGAAGAAAAUGGAUGCGGAUCAUGUUGCGACGAACUUUCCAUCAUUAUCCGAGGAAGAUCUCCGCAACAUCACCCUUGGCGUGUAUCAGUUGAAGCUAGCACGGAGCUACACACAAGAGCAUUUGGACGACAACGGCGACUAUAUCAUCAUGAUUGAUGACAGUGUGUCGAACAUUGUACGCGUUCAAAUCCAGAGUCGUCAUACUUCUGCCAAACGAUACUUGUCCUGGAUCGAGUAUGACGAGGUAGUGGUCAAGUCCUGGUACUGUCAGUGCCGCGCUGGAGCCCGAGUGGUAGGAGCAUGCGCGCAUGUAUCUUCGAUAUUGUGGUACCUAGGUUUCGCACGACACGCAAACCAGGUGCAUGGAAUACGGAACUGGGCACUUUGUUUAGAAGAUGCAUCUCAAAUGCCCGUCCUUGUAGAUGCUUCCGACACUGACAGUGAUCCAGAAGAGUGA